AUGAAGCAAUUCCUUGGGCAAUGGCAGUCGUGCUGGCUCAUGAUGUGGGCUACGUUUUCCGUGGCGUCAGCUAUGAAAACUGCGCAGGAGUUGAGCACCAACUCGUCGCAGGCAGCGAUUGCUGUGCAUUCUAUGGCUGUGCAGACUGCUCUUGUGGCCCGCUCCUCUCGCUCGAAGAUGUCGGUGGGUGAGAACACCGAUUUCACAAGUGCUGACGAAGAGCUCGACGCCGUGGUGUCAGCGAAGUUCUUGGGAGACGUUGUUGAAGUGGCAAGCUCCGCUGGCAGCACGCUGGCAUCAGCAGGCAUGGCCAUAGGCAGCGCCAUCGGCAAUGCGGCCGUGGUUGUCGGGAAUCAUGUCGUAAAAACCGCAGAGACCAUGUUUGAAAGCUUGCCCGGUCCGAUCCAAGAUGCCGCGAAUAGCAUCGGCAACGUGGCGUUAGGUGCGAUCAAUGCAGCGGUCGAUGCAGGAGAGAUGGUGGCAGCUACCACUGUAAAUCUUGCAGGGACGGCGCUGGAUCAUGCAACAAGGUCCCUGGAGGAAGGGGCAAAGCUUUCCAGCAAGGUUGGCAAGUUCAUCGCGGACAAGGCUGCGGCACUCGGUGGGGAGAUUGCCAAGCUUGGGCCGUUGGCUGCAGGCUUAGCCUCUGCAGCCUGGGACCAGAUCAAGAAGUUCGUCAACUGCCUUCGUGAACAGUUUUCGCUGUGUUCAGUGUUGAUCGGUGAUCGUCGGGAAACACAGCUCAGGUAUGAUGGCUCCUUGCAUCCCGGGCCACGGCGCAACUGGAAUGCAUGGAGCUUGCGAGCCGGGCCAGCGUUGGGAGUGACGUUCGGGGACAGGUUCAUACAGCUGGGGGAGUUUCGAAUCGGUGCAGAUGACGGGCACGUGUACGUGACCCACAGGGGCUACAACAAGAGCCCUCAGAUUUUUGGAUCUGACGGCCAUCCGGUCAACGAUCGGUAUGCGCAGUGGCACUGUGGUGGCAUCCAGGAAAUUCUUGGGACUUGCCCCGGAAUGACAGCAGGUGACGGCUUCCUGCAAAUUGGCGACUGGCGGCUCGCGGCACUACACUCGCAUUACUUCACAUUCUCGCACCGCAGCCUCCACACUGCCGCGAUCCACACUUCCGACGGGCACACCCACUCUGGCCCGCGAAGGGACCAUCACAGCUGGGACCGUGAGCCCCACAUAGCAAGCAGCAUAAAGUUCGGAGAUCGCUUUAUCGAGUUUGGCCAUUGGUGGCGCUUGGGUGAAUGGGAUGAUGGGCGGCAUCUCGUCCUCUCCCACCGCAACAACAGAGCUCCGAUCAUUUGGCGCGAUGACGGCACCGUGCGCCACGGACCCCAUCGUGGCUGGAGUCUGUUUGGACGAGCAGUUGGGGCAGCAUCGGGCAUCGCCUUCGGAAAUGGCUUCGUGCAGAUUGGCAAGUGGCGAAUUGGAGAUGUGAACGGAGUUCACUUCUCCAUCGCUGUGAACGGCAAAACGGCAGAGAUCAUGAUCAGCAACGGUGGGCGACGCUAUGGCCCCCGUUCAGAUUGGACCACCUUCGGUCGUCCGAUUAUGGAUUGCCGUGUCGUGCCAGAUGACGUCAAUUCCAACGUCGUGGCACUCAAGCCACCUUUGACUGAGGGUCUGGAGUGCGACUACUUCUACAACCAAGCUCAGUGCCAUGUCCCGGACCUCGGAGCUUUGACCCCGGCUCAUACAGACGUUCUGCCGAACAUCUACAUGAACCAUGGCAGCUUCCCUCACGUCAGGCAAACCAACAACUUCUGCAUCAGGUGCAGCGGCUAUGUGAGCAUAACGCACGAUUACAGGUUCUACACCGCCUCCGAUGACGGCUNNCUCCUGUACCUGAACGGCGAGAAGAUCGUCGACAACAACGGCUGCCAUCCUGAACAGGAGAGGUCGAGCCAUCACAAGUCCCUUCUGACCGGUUUCCAUCACCUCCUGGUCGACAUGUGCGAGACGUGUUGUGGCGAGAAUCUUAAGAUGCGGUAUGAGGGACCGGAUACCGAUGGCUCCAAGGUCGCGGUGCCUGCGUCGGUUCUCAAACAUGAGCCCAAGGCCUUUGAACCCGGUUUGGAGUGCGAGUACUUCUACAACCAAGCUCAGUGCCAUGUCCCGGACCUCGGAGCUUUGACCCCGGCUCAUACAGAGGUUCUGCCGAACAUCUACAUGAACCAUGGCAGCUUCCCUCACGUCAGGCAAACCGACAACUUCUGCAUCAGGUGCAGCGGUUUUCUCACAACCAGGGCACAGGGCGCUUACAGGUUCUACACCGCCUCCGAUGACGGCUCCCUCCUGUACCUGAACGGCGAGAAGAUCGUCGACAACAACGGCUGCCAUCCUGAACAGGAGAGGUCUAGUCAAAGCAUGACACUGGCGGAGGGCAAUCACCACCUGGUGGUAGAGAUGUGCGAGAGGGCUGGUGGCGAGAAUCUUAAGAUGCGGUAUGAGGGACCGGAUACCGAUGGCUCCAAGGUCGCGGUGCCUGCGUCGGUUCUCAUGCAUUCAAAGUGA